GGAUUGCUCCCCAGAUGACAAAGCUCCCUGUUGUUUUGUGAGGUGAGUGUGGUGCAGGACUCUGUGAACAUCUCGGGGCAGAACACCAUGAACAUGGUGAAGGUGCCGGACUGCAGGCUGGCGGACGAGCUAGGUGGCCUAUGGGAGCACUCGCGCUUCACUGACUGCUCGCUCUGCGUCGCCGGACAGGAGUUCCAGGCCCACAAGGCCAUCCUGGCAGCUCGCUCUCCUGUCUUCAGUGCGAUGUUUGAGCAUGAGAUGGAGGAGAGUAAAAAGAAUCGUGUAGAGAUUAACGACGUGGAACCCGAGGUGUUCAAGGAGAUGAUGUGUUUCAUCUACACGGGGAAGGCCCCAAACCUAGACAAGAUGGCUGACGACCUGCUCGCGGCUGCUGACAAGUAUGCUCUAGAGCGUCUGAAGGUGAUGUGUGAGGAUGCUCUGUGUACGAGCCUGUCGGUAGAGAACGCCGCUGAGAUCCUCAUACUGGCCGACCUGCACAGCGCCGACCAGCUCAAGACGCAGGCUGUCGACUUCAUCAACUACCAUGCAUCGGACGUGAUGGAGACCUCGGGUUGGAAGUCCAUGGUGGCGUCCCAUCCUCACCUGGUGGCCGAGGCCUACCGUUCCCUGGCUUCUGCCCAGUGCCCCUUCCUGGGCCCGCCCCGCAAGCGCCUCAAGCAGUCCUAGCUCCGCUGCCCCCACCCCUCCCUCGUCCUCCCCUGACGACCUCUACCCACCCACACCCCUCCUGUCCUUUACAGCCCCUCUCCUCGUCCUGCGAGCCCAGAGUUACCUGCUGAUUUAAAGGGCGAGAGUGGACGAUGCCCUGUUGAAGAUGCCACCAAAACUCGAGACCUAAAAGUUUAAAUCCCCACCUGGUAGAAGAACUUUCCUCCGUGUUGUCGGAAGGGAGUCCUGGAGGACGUCCAAGAGGCUUUUGCAGGAACUGAUGGGAGAGGAGAGUAGGGGAGGGGCCACUGCUGGAGUUGCCAAACUGGACGUCUCCCCCAGUCUCCGACCGCCCUCAUCCCAACCCCACCUGCACUGUGCUGGUAUGGUGUGAGAGAGGGGGGCAGGAGGGUUUGGGGUGUCCCCAUGUCCAGUCUCCGGUCCAGAUACACUGAGCUCGACCUCAGCCCGGGUGAUGUUGCCUCCAUCCCAGCCCUGUGUUCCACUGCUCAUUCUGUGAAGGACCUUGACAAUUCCCUUAUCCUCAGACUCUUAAUGGAAGUCGUGCUGAAAAGCAGAUGAGCAGUGAGUUUCUAAGGAAAGCAGAGAAGAACGUUCCUGCUCCACAAGUCCUCCAUGCUCUGUCACCUGUGUCCCCAAAACUGACUAAAGCAGCCAAUCACAUUCCCCACCUUUGAGAGGCCCGCCUUCAACCCGGUGACCCUUAUUUCUGAUUGGACAGCUUCAUUGAGGAACCUGGAAGUUGACUGUUUGAGAACUUGACUCUCCCACUAUUGGACCCCUUCACCCCCACCUCUCAGUCAAGCAGCAGAGUGUAAAGAGACUGGAAAUGAAGGACAAUACAUGAAAUUCAACACAAAAAGAUGUACAUGGGAGAUUUUUCCCCCUUCUGUUGUUUUUUUCUCCUUUUUUGUGAUUUCAUUUGAGAUUUAAUUUCUUCUUCCCAUAGCACUUGUGUAUUUAAAAAAAAAAAAAAAAAAAAAAAAAAAAA